AUCUCGUAUUUAAUCUUAAUACAAAUAUAAAAUGCAUGUUUUUUAAACAAAUAGAAAAUCAACCGUAUAAAACGUUUUUAAGCAAAGUAAGUGGAAUACAGUUUGCCGUCUACAUGGCAACAGAGGAAAAAUGAUGGCAAAGCGAAGGUGGUUUUUGGCGAUAGUGUUUACCGCUAUACUGUUCAACGUGUUCUUAAUCACCAACAAGUGGUCCGGAGUUCAUUCAAACCAAGCAAAUGUAAGGAUGCGAGCGUAUUCGCCUAAAGCUUCAUCGGUACUCGGAUAGGCUGGACUGGCAUAUUUACCAGCCGCUGACGGUACUAAUUCUAUAGACGCAAUCACGAAAGGUUAUCUAAAACAUAUCAAAGGCAAAUUCGAUUACAUGAAGUCUCCGUUUAUUGACCCAAAGCUUAAUAUCAAUACUUCUGAAGCAAUCAAUCUGCAUAAUAUUUUAUGGUGGAACCCACCGAGAUGGAUGAACGACUGGAUUGAAGAAACAGACGAACGCCGGUGUUCAUAUACAAACUGUAGGGUCACUACAGACAUAUCAACCCUUAAUGGAAGUAGUGCGGUGGUAUUUUCCGUUGCCGACUCAGGUAUGGGGAGUCGACCCCCUCUGACCUCAAACGAGAGAAAUCCAAACCAAUCUUGGAUAUUCUACACAUUGGAGUCUCCCUAUAAUAUUUUGUGGCAACAAGAUCAUAAACGCCCCGAAUGGUUGAACAUUUUUAACUGGUCAUGGACGUACAAACCGGAUUCAGACAUCUUCCAUCAAUAUGGUAUAUUGCAGACAAGGGCUAUGCCAUUACAGAGAAACUAUAGCGAAAUUUUCAGAAAGAAGACGAAACUAGCCGCUUGGGCGGUAAGUAACUGUGAUGCCGUGAGCAAAAGGGAUAGAUAUGUUGAAAUGGUUAAUAACUUUUCAAGUGACGGGAAUGCGUCUAUCGUUGACAUAUUCGGGACAUGUAAAGGAGCAUUGUCUAAACCAAGUGAAGACCAGUUCGAGAAAAUUCUUGAUGAAAAUUAUAAAUUCUAUCUCGGGUUCGAGAAUUCAUUUUGCCCGGAUUAUAUUACAGAAAAGUUCUUUAUGUACUAUAAACGAGACGUUAUCGUCCGCGGCAUGGGCGAGUACGUAAAAUACUUUCCAAAAGGGUCUUUUCUCAACACAAAAGACUUCCCGAGUCCGGGAGACUUAGCAAAAUUCAUUGUAAAUCUCGCAGCGGAUGAAGAAAAAUACAUUGAAUAACUUAAGAUGAAAGACAGAUUUUCUGUAGAAGAACGACGAUUUAUGUACCAAGACGCGGUAUGUAGUAUAUGUCAUAAACUCAACAACAUUGAAGAAUACAGAAAGACAAUCGUUGAUUUAAAUGAAUUUCUUGGAACAUGUGUUCAACCAAAGGACGUAUAGAAUAUUUAUCAUUACUAUUUAGGCAUCGUAAAUCUGCUAGCAAUACAUAACUGCAUAUACAUUUGUCCCUAUUCCAACUAGUGCGAUACGACUGUAUUCCGAUCUUGCGAUGUCACGUCAUAAGAAGUAUCAUUGCGCGAUGUUACAAAGACGUCAGAAAACAAAGUGUUCUAUUAACAUGUACUUUAAUGUAACACUGACG